AUGUGUGGAAACUUUGUUAUGAAACCAUUUUUACGUCCAUUCACGUCUGGAUUUACGGCCUCAGCCUUUGGCGGCCAGUUCGGUCAAUAUGGGGGUGGCAUUGGAGGCGGAUAUGUGGGCGGUAUCGGCGGUGCUUAUGGCGGGUUUGAUGGAGGAUUUGGUGGAUUCGAUGGAGGUUACGGGAAGGGUGGCUACGGAAAGCAUACCGUUAGCACAAAGAUCAUUGAGAAGAAAGUACCAUACCCAGUCCAUGUGCCAGUAGACAGGCCAGUGGUCAAAUAUGUGCCAGUUCCGGUGGUCAAGCACGUUCCUGUGCCAGUUGUUCAGAAGGUUCCUCAGCCUGUGCCGGUGAUCCAGAAGGUGCCAGUUGUUCAAACUGUUACCAAGCAUAUCCCUGUACACGUAGACCGACCCUACCCUGUCCCCGUUGAGAGGAAGGUCCCAGUGCCAGUUCAUGUACCAGUUCCCGUCCAUGUACCCAAGCCAUACGCAGUUCACGUACCCAAACCAGUUCCUGUCCACGUGCCAGUGAAGGUACCCGUUCCUGUGCCUCAGCCCGUGCACAUCGUGCAGACACAAAAAGUACCUGUGCCCGUGCCAGUUGACCGCCCCGUCUACGUCGAGAAACAAGUCAAAGUCCCGGUCGCUGUGCCCCACCCAGUCCCUGUACCCAAGCCUUACCCAGUCCAGGUCGCUGUGCCAGUUCCGCACCCAGUCCAUGUCCCAGUGCACGUGCCAGUUGACCGCCCAUACCCAGUUGUUGUUGACCGAAAGGUGCCCGUUCCUCACCCAGUUCACGUGCCAGUCCCAGUUGAGAGAAAGGUCCCUGUCCCGGUCCCAGUCAUUCAGACUAAGCACGUCCCCGUCCCUGUGCACGUUGCAGUCCCAGUUCCCCAGCCUGUCCAAGUGAUUAAGAACGUCCCAGUCCCAGUUCCUCAGCCUUACCCAGUUGAGAGACCCUUCGCUGUACCAGUCCACGUCGAAAGGAAGGUACCGGUCCCAGUACACGUACCGGUGAAGCAACCUUACCCCGUGCAUGUCCCAGUUCACGUACCGGUUAAGCAACCAGUCCCUGUGCCCGUUGUGCACACUCAGGUCGUCCAGAAGAAGGUCCCCUACCCUGUGCAUGUCCCAGUUGCUGUUCCAGUCAAAAAGGCGAGCUACGGAGGAUACGGCGGUUCCUUCGAUGGUGGUUUUGGCCCCCUCAGUGGUGGGGUUGGUGCAAUCGGUGGUAGCGUUGGAGCCAUCGGUGGUGGUGUUGGUUCAAUCGGUCUCGGUGAUUACGGUUACGGUGGUGCUGUUGGCGGAGGAUACGGCGGUUCCUUCGAUGGUGGUUUUGGCGCCCACAGUGGUAGUGUUGGUGCAAUCGGUGGUAGCGUUGGAGCCAUCGGUGGUGGUGUUAGUGCAAUCGGUCUCGGUAAUGGUGUCAUCGGUGGUGGCAUAUACUAAAAUCUCAUUGGUAGACCGCAGAAGACCCGAGAGUGAAACUUUGAUGGGCAAGGCGAAAUUUAUGCUUCAGAAUGGGUUUUAGGGAAACAAUUAUUUUUUGAUGUCAAGUUAUUGUUAUUAUUUAUAACUUUAUUUUUGAACAAUUUUUUGUUUCUUGGUUAAAAUUAUAUUCCUGUUUUUAA